AAGCGCGAAAAGAAACUUUUGCGCAAAAGCAAAAACGAAAAAACCAGAAGCAAAUUUUAGAAUUAUAGCGCUAUGUAAAAUUGUCAAACUGAACAAAUUGGAAAACUGCAAAGCGUUGGAAAAAAAUACACCCACACACACACACAUGACGACAGUGAGAAAGACCACGCCCACAAUGCCCACGCCCACGGCGACGAUGCUGCGACGCCGGCAGCUGCUGCACAGCGUUGAAAGCUUGCGCGGACGCGUUCGUCAAGUGCUAAAUUGUGUUAUUAAUUUGCACAUUGAGUUUUUGGUGCUGGAGUCCAAUGUGGCCGCAAUGCUGGACGAGGUGAGAUGCCUCAAUGAUGACUAUGCCGAGGUGCAGCGAUUGGAUACUUUGAUCGAAGCGUUGCGCAACUACAAUGGACCAACCAUUUGCCACGAGUGGCCAUAUCCUCUGAUCUUCAAGGGCACAAUCGACGAGGCACACGUCGCACAAAUACUCAACGCAGACACCAGCAAAUCCAACGAUCCACUACUGAUGCAACCCACUGAGACGAGGAGCCUAAGUAAACGAGCAAGUAGAAUGGGCUCAAGAAGAGCGAAGGGAACUAUACUUAGUUGACUGUACGAAGUCUAAGUCUAAUUCAUAUAUUUUAUGUUCUCAAAGCAGCUUGAAUAGAUAACUGUGUUCGUUCCAAGCCUUAAGUAAAGUCUAA